UCAUCCUUCUCAUCUCCUUUGCAAAAGUGCAACGCCACUGCUACCUCCUCAUCAUGCUCCAUCUCCACCACGUUCAUGGUGGCCGGAGCCUAGAUAGGUUUAAUGAAAGAAUGAAUGAAUAAGAGAUCGAGUGAGUGAGUGAGUGAACCAUGCAUAUAGCUAGCUAGCUCAGCCAAGAGUUUAUGAACAACCUCGUGAAUGGCUCUUCCUCUCGGCCCUCGCUUCCUUUUCCUGCUCCUCAUCCAGGCCCUCGUCCCUCCUUCUUCGCUUCAACUCCACUUGGAUCCCGGCCUCAUCGACCGCAUCGUCCGGGACUCCGCCUUCCGGUCCUACCUCGUCGACCACCAGAAGACCGCCGUCGUCUACAACGUCUCGCUGCCGCCCAGCAUCCCUGGCGUCGCGGCCGCCACCGUGCGCUUCAGAACCGGCAGCUUGCGGCGGCACGGAGCCGCCGUCGGGGAGUUCCGGGUCGCGCCGGGCGUCGUCGUGCGGCCGCGCUCGAGGAGGCUCGUCGUGGUGGCGCAGAACCUGGGCGAUCUCUCCUCUGCCUACGACGGCUACAGGAACAUCUCAGGGUUCCGACUGGUCUCGCCGGUGCUGGGACUCCUCUUCUACAGAGCUGCGAGCGUGCGCAACGCCAGCGUCCCGCCGGAGCUGGAAAUCUUGGCGACCAGGGGGCCCAUCACGGUGGACUUCUCCGGGUUGGUGCGCUGCUCGCGGGGUUCGAGGGUGCUCUGCGCGCUCUUCGAAUCGGACGGCAACUUGAGCCUAUCGAACGCCACGCGCGGCGGCACAAUGUGCAGGGCGCGAACCCAGGGACACUUCGCGCUCGUCGUCGAGUCGGCUGGAAGCGGCGGGAGGAGUGGAGGGGAGACGGAGAUGGAGAUGAAGCUGAGCGGGUGGAAGGUGGUGGUGGUGAGUGUGGCGGCGGGCGCCUUCAGCUCGGUGCUGCUGGGGCUUGUGGUGGUGGCGGUGGUGACGGCGCAGCGGAAGAGGAUGAGGACGGCGGAGAUGGAGAGGAGGGAGUACGAGGAGGAGGCGUUGCAGGUGUCGAUGGUGGGCCAUGUCAGGGCGCCCACAGCGGCGGUGGUUCGGACGGCGCCCUGCCUGGAGAACGAUGUGGCGCCAUCUUGGUGACUCGGAACUCAACGAACGUUACCAAAAAAAAAUUCUGAUUAUCGCAUUCUUUUUCUAUUGAUUUCAUUUCAUAAGCAGAGUUCACGGCCACCUCUGUUCCCCUAUCCUAAUCCCUUCCUUUCGAUUUAGAAGAAAAUUUAAUUUUAGCCUCUGUAAUCUCUGCAGUCUUUAAUUUUCA